AUGUCUGUAGUGGAACUUCCAGAUGUAAUUAUUCUGAAAUAUUAAAAAGAUUAGGCUUCAUUCACAUAAGUCUCGAACUAGAUCGAAAAAGAGUGAUUUUGAGAAAUAUCGUAACUCAGCUGUUCUGAAAUCAGUUGAUAAAAUGAUUAAAUAUAAUAGUUUGUCAUCUGUCUUAGGAUAAGAUAAUGAUUAUUAUCCUAAACAAUUAGAGGAUUAGAAAGUAAUUGGAUCUUAAAUAAUUUAUAUUAGAAAGUUGAUGAAGCUUAAGAAGUACAUGCUAAUUUGACAGAAUUAAAAAAAAGUUGCGAUAAUAUGAAAAUGUCUGGGAGCAAUAAAGAUAAAGAUAUUGAUAAAAUGAGAAAGGAUAUUGAUCAAAUGAGCUAUUAAAUUGAAUAAUACAAUUAGAAAUAAAAGGAUUUAGUGAGAUAAGAGAAUGAAUACUCAUAAAAAUUCUAAGAAUAAUAAAAAUUAUUAAGUUAAAGUAAUUAUGACAAAAAGAUUUUCGAACAUAUGUUAACAAGAAUGAAGAAAGAUUAAGUUACUUAUUAAUUAAGAGCAAAUUAAUAUGAAAGAUAUCUUAAAUAAGCACUGUCAACAUGUUAAUCAUCAAGUUAAAAGUAUAAUAAAAUUUAUUAAUUUUAAGAGCAUUACAAAUAUAAGUUUUACAUUAAAAAGUUAUGAUGGCCUUGAAAGAGGUUGCAGAUGGAAUUAAAUAAUAAAAUAGAAAUAGGGAAAAGAAUAUAUCUAGGUUUAAAAAUGAAUUAAAAUAAAAAUAAGAUGUUGAUUAAAAAAGAGAUGAUAGAAUUAAAAGAUAAUAAGAGAUAGCAGAAGUUGCUGCAAAUGAUAUUAGAGAUGGAGCUUUAAAAAAAUGGAGAAAAUUAUUAUUAGUUCAUAAAUUCUUAAAUUCUUUUCUUAAAAGUAAAAUGUAAAGAGGCAUAGCAUAAUAUUAAAAUUUAGAAAUAGCUUUUUAAAAAAUAAAGGCUUCAACAGGUAUUUCUGAUGCAAAUGAGAUUGUUCAAAAAUUUAUAGGUAGAGAGUAAACUUAUGCUCAUCUUUUAAUAUCAAUUUCAGAUUAUGAAAAAAAAAUUAAUAUUUUGAAACAAGAAAAUCAAGAAUUAAAAAACAAUUUUAAUCAUUUAAAAUAAGAAUAUAGUGAUUUAGAUAAAGAAUUCUUAGUUGAAAAUCAUAAAUAAAGAAAUGAAUAAACUGAUUAAGAUAAACUUGUAUUAGAAGUUGAAGAAAAAGCAACUAUUUCUGGACUAUUAUAAAAUAAAUUGAAUAAUUGGAUAACAAGAAAUUUAAAAAAAUUAUCAUAAACUAAAGAUAAAGGAUUCUAAGGAAUUAUAGAUGCCAUUAGAGAAAAAUUACUUAACUUAUCAUAGAAUGUAAUUAUAAUUUUUAUAAAUUUAGUAAUAAUAAGAAUUAUUAAAUAAAUCUAUGUAUAGUUCUAUUUUAGAAUUGAAUGAUUAAGAAUUUUUAAAAAGAAACUUUAGAAUCAAACCAAAAAAACAGAAUUCUCAUCUUCAUUCAAAUAAUUCUCAAGAUUAUUCAGUAUUGAAGGAUGAUGAUGAAGUUUUCAAUGAAUUACCAAGUAAAGAUUUAGAGGAAGAAGAUUAAGAAGAAGAUCAUUUAUUGAAUUAAUUAAGAGAGGAAGUAAAAGGGAAAUUAUAGAAGAAGUGA